CGUGCCUUUGUGAUCAGUGGCAUCUCAGCAGCGACUCUCUGCACAUUCUUGUGCAUCGUCUAUCUUCGAAGCAUUUACCCCAUCUUACUGUGAUUUAAUGGUGCAUUUAUUCAGCACGUUGAGGAUCAACGGAGACUGCAGGAGCCUGGACGGGACAGGCUUUAAGAUUGAAGCGAUCAACAACUUCGCUUUGCUGUCCAGCGUAUUCUUCAAUCUGUGUAAAGCCUGUCAAGUAAAGGCCAUGGCGUCCAUCCCGCCGUCCGCGUUCUCGGCUGGACGCAUCCGGGAGACCCAGCGCGACAUGAAGCUGUCCAACGUCAAGUCUGCCAAGGAUCCCAAUGCCAAGAUAUUCAACACUAACUUCAUGGAGCUAUCGCCACUGAAGUACAACAGCAAGCUGAUGAUGAGCAUCUGGGGCUUUUACAACCGGUAUUCGCCUCACAACGUGAAGAACGUCAACGAUGGCAGUGUCUUCAAGGAGGAGUUGCAGCAAUCUGCUGCAAACUCCUCUAACAAGACCGAGCCUAUCAUCACGAUGCCGUCUGCCAAACUGGACAACGUGUGGGCCGCCAUCAACGUCUCUCAAUCUCACUAGGCGUAAUAAUGUGUAAUGUGUAUAGGUAAUAGACAGUAAUACAUACCUAACAUAAUGUGUAUCCAUUAUACAAAUGAGAUAAAUGCACAGAUGCUAAUAAACUAUUUACACACGCAUUAAGGACAGACAACGCAUAAGCUGCAGUGACGCACCCAAAAAGAAAUAACGCACACCUCGCUACGUUUGGUGCGUAAGCGCUGAUGCAGCGUGCAAAAUCAAGCGGCAAAAUCUUUAAAUCAAUGACGAAGGAAACAAGUCGGUAAAAUUGACACAUAAAAAUUACAUGGUAAGAACUAAAGUGCAAAAUCUUUAAAAAUUAUUUACAACCUGUGCUGGAUACAUAUUUGAAUAUACUCAUUAAAAUAAGAUUAUUCAUUUCAUUGUAUGCCCUGUACACGAAUACACUACAUAUCAAUUCAGUGGGUUUCAAUAAUA